AUGGAUCCCCAGAAAUUGCCCGCAUAUCCUCCCUUGGCCACGGUCGAGCAGAUCAUCCUUAAGGAGCAACGCGGAAAUUGCGUCCCGGUCUAUGUCGAGUUACCUGGGGAUCUCUUGACACCCUGCGUGGCCUACCUGCGCGUAGCCAAGGACUCGAAGUACAGUUUCCUCCUGGAAUCGAUCAUUGCGGGCGAAAGCCUUGCACGGUAUAGCUUCAUUGGUGCAGAUCCAUUCAAGGUUAUUAAAACAGGACCCAAUGAAGAGAUCACAGGGGAUCCCAUGGUCGCUCUCCAGAAGGAACUCGCAGUAUACAAGUACGUGAAAAUACCCGAGGUCCCUACGUUCACCGGAGGCGCUAUCGGGUACGUCGGGUAUGAUUGCAUCCAACAUUUCGAGCCCAAGACUGCGCGACCGCUCGAUGACCCGCUCGGCAUCCCCGAGGCGGUAUUCAUGCUCGUGGAUACGCUCCUCAUCUACGACCACCUCUUCCAGAGCGUCAAGGUCGUCUCGCAUGUGUUCUGCCCCGGCAACGCCGGGACAGUCAACCUCGCAUUCAUGUACCAGACAGCGGUCUCGAAGGCUCGCAGACUGGCGAAGCUCGUCUUAAACUCAACGACUCCGGAGGUCCCUCAGCAGCCAAUCACGCUUGGCGGCGAGGCUGUGUCGAAUGUCGGGAAGGCGGGCUACGAGGGGUUCGUCUCCUCUCUGAAGCGGAAUAUAGUGGCUGGAGACAUCAUCCAGGCCGUACCGUCUCAACGACUCGCACGACAUACAUCGCUGCAUCCGUUUAAUGCCUAUCGACAUCUUCGUCGGGUAAACCCGAGUCCAUAUAUGUUCUACUUGGAUUGCGGUUCUUUGCAGAUUGUUGGAGCAAGUCCAGAAACACUCUGCAAGGUGCAGAACAACAAGGUUUUCAAUCAUGCUAUUGCGGGGACAAUACGGAGGGGCCAGACUAUCGAAGAGGACGAGCGACUAGGGGCCGAGCUAUUGAGUUCAGAGAAGGACAGAGCGGAGCACAUCAUGCUGGUUGACUUGGCACGUAACGACGUGAACCGGGUCUGUCAGCCAAAGACAGUAAAGGUCGACCAUCUCAUGCGUUUGGAGAAGUUCAGCCAUGUUACCCACCUAACGUCUCAAGUGUCUGGAAUAUUGCGUGAGGAUAAAACAAGGUUUGACGCCUUCCGAUCUAUCUUCCCUGCCGGGACAGUAUCUGGAGCGCCAAAAAUCAAGGCAAUUGAGCUUGUAUACGAUCUUGAGAAGGAGCGACGUGGUGUGUACGCCGGUGCUGUUGGACGGUUCGAUUUCGCAGAUGAUGCGAUGGACACGUGCAUAGCCAUUCGGACAAUGACGUUCAAGGACGGCGUAGCAUACUUGCAGGCUGGUGGCGGGAUUGUGUUUGACAGUGUGGAAGAAGACGAAUACGUCGAAACUGUCAACAAGCUGAAGGCAAAUAUUCGGGCGUUGGAGGAAGCUGAAAAAUAUUGGUAUGACAUCCAAAAUGCCGGUGCGCAUGCGAUUAUGACUUCGACGUAG